AGAAGGAAAGAGUAGAGAAAUAGAUGGGAGGGUCAGGCCGCUGCCUCUCAGUUUCAAACAUUCAGUGCAUUUCAAACCUGUGCAUGGACAUAAACUGAACGGUGAAAGUAGGGUUUGUUUGCGGACUCCUCCCGUGUUAGACGGGUCAUGCUGUCUUCGCGAAGGUAAUGAGCCGCAAAGCCCUCGGGUCUCGGCUGAGCAGCGCCCACAAACUGCAGCGAAACUGGAAUGACUGGCAGCCCAGAGGCGACAGUCUGUCAGCCAGCCAGGACGGUGUGAAGAGCAGUGUCUCUAGAUACCGUGGUUCAGAAGUUCUUUUCGACAUUCUGCCCUCUGACCAGCCUGGCACCCCACCACUGCACAAUGAUGCCUUCACUGCUGCAGAUGUACUCGAAGAAGGAGGUGGAUAUGAUGCUGAUGGAGGCCUCUCUGAAAAUACUUAUGGUUGGAAGUCGCUGGGGCAAGAGUUGAGAAUCAAUGAUGUGACUACUGAUAAAACCACUUUUCAGCAUGGAAACCGUGCUUUAGCUACAAAGGACAUGAGGAAAUCACAGGACCGACCGUUGGCUCACUCCGAGGAGUCUCGUCUGGCCAAUCUUCUGCGGAGAGCGUCACGAGAAGAUGACCGGGAACGCAGACUGGCCACUAUGAAACAAAUGAGGGAGUUCAUUGUGCACUCUGAAAAUAAAGUGGUCCUAGUGAAACAGUUGGAUUCCAUUUUGAGCACCCUGAAUGACAUUUUGAACGAGAGUAGUAAGCUCCUGCAGGAGCUCAGGCAGGAGGCCGCGUGCUGCCUGGGAUUGCUCUGUGCCGCCCUCAGUUAUGAAGCCGAGCGGAUCUUCAAGUGGAUGUUCCUCAAGUUCAGUGUGUCCACAAAGGAUGAGGUGAAGCUUCUGUACCUGGUGGCAGUGCACAAGGCACUUGAAACGGCAGGGGAGAAGAAGGCUUUUUCAUCUGUAAUGCAGUUGGUGAUGAGCAGCCUUCAGUCUAUCUUGGAGAACUUGGACACGCCAGAGCUGUUGUGCCAAAGUGUAAAAUGUAUUUUACUGUUGGCCCGGUGUUAUCCACACGUAUUCAGCACCAACUUCAGAGACACAGUGGAUAUCUUAGUAGGUUGGCAUAUAGACCACACACAGAAACAGUCUCUUACUCAACAAGUGUCUGGCUGGUUACAGAGUCUGGAGCAGUUUUGGGUCGCAGAUUUGGCCUUUUCAACUACAUUAUUGGGUCAGUUUUUGGAAGACAUGGAGGCGUAUGCUGAGGAUUUGAGUCAUGUUGUAUCUGGGGAAUCAGGUGACGAGGACAUUCCCCCUCUCGCAGUAUCCCUGCCAAAACUGGCAGCCCUGUUGAGAGUUUUUAGCACAGUUGUGCACAGCAUCGGAGAACGAUUCAACCCUAUCAGAGGGCCUCCGAUCACAGAAGCAUAUGUCACUGAUGUUUUGAACCGUGUUUUAGCCUGUGUCACCACAGCCAAGCAGGUGUUCUUCUCGGAGGCAGUGCUGACAGCAGGAAAUGAGUGUGUGUGUGUCCUGCUGGUGAGCAUGGACUUGGGCAACCAGCUGAUUGAUGCUGUAAUCUCUUAUGGCCUAGACCAGCUGGACAGCUGCCAGUGCUGCGGACCAGAAUACAGCAUGUCCGUUCUCACCCUGCUUACACUGAUUGUUGACCAGAUAAACACCAACAUCCCGGCUGCUUUUGUGGAGAAGUUGCUGGCCUCAAAUUCCCAACUCUUGGAGCUGCGUUUCCACAGAGAAAGAGAGGUGAUGGCAGCUGCACAUGGAGUGUAUCAUGCUGUGCUGAGCCUAAAGAACAUCCCUACCCUGGAGGCAGCUUAUAAACUGGUCUUGGGCGAGAUGGUCUGUGCGCUGAACAGUUUGCUCAGCCCUCUGGGUUUGCCUGCUGCCUGUCCUAACAUACAACAUCCUGCCUUUAGCCAGCUGCAGUUCAGCCCAGAGAGAGCAGAGUUUAUCCUUAUCUUCGACCUCAGUGCUCUCACCACCAUUGGCAACACCAAGAACUCCCUCAUCGGGAUGUGGGCUUUGUCCCCUACUGUGUUUGCCCUGCUCAGUCAGAAUCUGGUUGUAGUUCACUCUGAUUUGGCAGUUCAUCACCCUGCUGUCCAGUAUGCAGUGCUCUACACUCUCUAUUCUCACUGCACCAGACAUGAUCACUUUAUCUCAAGCAGCCUGAGCUCUUCGUCUCCAUCCCUUUUUGAUGGUGCUGUCAUCAGCACAGUUACCACAGCAACCAAAAGGCAUUUCAGCACGCUCCUUAAUUUGCUGGGUAUGCUGCUCAGCAAGGAUCAUCUCAACCCUGAGGCGAGGCGGCUGUUACUCACCUGGUCAUUAGAGGUGUCUCUGAUGAUGAAGAAAUCUGAAACCUACUCCCCUCUGUUCUCACUCCCAUCCUUCCUCAAAUUCUGCAAAGGCUUACUGGCAAAUUCCUUGAAUGAAGACCCCACCAUAUGUCUGCAGGCAUGUAACAGUCUUCAGGUUGUGUCAUCUUCCUUGACCACAGAGCUUCUCCAGAGGUGCGUGGACGUUUGCCGAGUUCAGCUGGUCCACUCAGCAGUCCGAGUCCGGCAGGCCUUUGGGAAAUUGCUGAGAUCUGUUCCCAUGCACGUUGCAUUGAGUGCCCGUGGUCACUCUGAGAUUAAGGAGAUUUCUCUGGCCAUCCGCCGACACAUGAGCAAAGUGCCUAGCAACACAUUCCACCCACAGGACUUCUCUGACCUCAUUGGGUUUAUUCUGUAUGGAACUGUCCACCGUGGGGGUAAGGAACCCUGGUUGGAGAGGCUGUACCACAGCUGUCAGAGGCUGGAGAAGAAAGACUCCGCUAUGGUGCCCCGUGCCCUGCUGAAGACUGAGGUGGUGCUGUGGCAGUGGGCGGUUUGGGAGGCCGCUCAGUUCACUGUUCUCUCUAAACUCCGGACCCCUCUGGGACGAGCCCAGGAUACUUUCCAGACCAUAGAGGGUAUGAUCCGCAGCCUGGCGGCUCACAGUCUGAACACAGAGCAGGAGUUGAGUCAGUGGAGUGGAGGAGAGAGUGAUGAGGGUCACCACACCAAUCAGCUCCGCCUGGCUCUGCUUCUGCAGUUCCUGGAAAACCUGGAGAAACUCAUGUACAAUGCGUAUGAAGGCUGUGCCAGCGCUCUCACUGCACCACCGAAGGGCAUCAGAACAUUUUUCUAUACAAACAGACAGACGUGCCAGGACUGGCUAACCAGAAUUCGUUUGGCACUGAUGAGGGUGGGCCUCCUCUCGGGUCAGCCAGCAGUCACGGUCCGUCAUGGCUUUGACCUGCUCACUGAGAUCAAGAACAGUAGUGCACAGGGGCCAGAAAUGGAGGUGCCAAUCACCAUGUUAGUGGAGGCGUUGUGUGAGCUGCGAUGCCCUGAAGCCAUACAAGGUCUGGCAGCCUGGAGUCUGGCCAACAGUGGCAAGAGCCUGGGCUGGCUGGGAUCAGUGGCGCUGCAGGCUGAGGGAAAGUUUGAGAAGGCAGCGUUAGAGUACCAAGAGCAGCUGUGUGCCGUCACAGGAAUGGACUGCUCCAUUAAAGGCUUUGAUUGCUCCCUGUUAAAACUCACUGGCUCCAACACCUCCAGCCCAAAACACACCAGCAGUGGAGAUGGAAGGAAAACUGUGUUGUUGAAGUCCAGUGAGUGUUCUCCAGAAGUGCUCAACUUCCUGGCUAAUAAGGCCUGUGAGUGUUAUGUGGCCCUGAGCGACUGGGAGUCCGUGCAGGAGUGGCAGGCCAGCAUGAUGAACCUCAAAAAGAACAGCAGCAGUUCCAGUGUCAACCUCAAGACAGACUUUAACUACAUCAGAGCUCUGAGCAGGUUUGAGGAGGGGGAUUUCGCAGAGUGCCGUGUCCAGUUGGAGUUGCUCCCUGGGGAGGAUUAUGGCCUUCUUAACUCUUCAACUAAGGACAAGAUUGACCUGAAGAGGCUUCUUCCUGCUGUGUUGAGCCCAGACCCAUCAGAGCUCCAGAAGGCCAUUGAGGUACAGCUCCUUAGAAGCGCUGUUGGAGCCAUCACUGCGACCAAUCACGAACAGGACCAGAAGGUUCUCGCAUCAUCUGACACCCUGGUGAAGUACCUGAAACAGACGGGCCGCAUCUCUCUGGGUCCCCUGCGUCUCUCCACUCUCACUCUGUCUGACUCCUUGCCCACUCUCAGCACCCUGCAGCUGCACUGUGCCAACUCUCUAGAGAACUCGCUCUGCAACCAGCACCCAGAGGACUGCUUAAUUCCGCUCUUCAGUGAAGCUUUGACCACCUGCAAGCAGCAGGAUGUUCAGCCAUGGCUACAUGCUCUCCGAUACACCACUUUCCAGCGGCAGCUCUUCCAAAAACUCAAAGGAUCAUCUGCUCCAGUGGACUCUCACCUGAUGGAGCUUUGUCUGACUGCGGUGAAAUUUGCUCGUAAGCAAGGAAACAUCGCCCUGGCCACGCGUCUGCUGAGUCUGUGCAACAAGCCAUCAGUGAGCGACUCAGAAGGUCAGGACCUGGUGCAAAGCUUCAGGCAGCUGUCACUAGAAGGCACUGUUGGGGAGAAGUGGGGACCAGAGCUGGAGAUCGAGAAGGCUAAAGUUCUGUUUGCUGCUGGUCAGUCCGUAUCUGCUAUGGAAAUGCUGAGCUCCUGUGCGCUGUCGUACUGUCACUCUGGAAAGUGUGAGCGUGCAGCCUGUCGCUCUGUGCUUACUCUGUGCAAAUGGCUUUUGGCCGACUGGAAAGAUCUGACUCCACAACUCAAAAUGGUGGUGAAGAGGAACUCUGGUUCUACCAGCCUCUCAGCUCUCUCAAAAAACAUCUCUGGCCUGUUGGAGCUGCCGCUGGAAGAUCAGGGAAUGCCACAUAUUACAACAGAGACUACAGUCAGUGUUGGUGUCGGGGAGCCAGACUUCGUGCUUGGGCAGCUGUACCAACUCUCAACUACUCAGGCUCCUGAAGUGGCCAAAUCAUGGGCUGCUCUGGCCAGCUGGGCAUACAGAUGGGGCAGAAAGGUUGUGGACAAUGCCAGUCAAGGAGAAGGGGUUCCGUUGCUCCUUGGGGAGAAGAAAGAAAUAGAGGACUUGCUCCCAGCAGGCACCAGUGAUGAGGACAAGGAAACCAUUUUCGGCAUUUUGGGUCAAGCCAUGUGUCGUCCAGCUGGAAUUCAGGAUGAGGACAUGGCCUUGCAGAAUGAAGAGGAUGAGGAGGACGACAUGGUGGAUGUGAUCGGCCGACAGCUGUUGAGUGCCUGCCCGUGGCUGUCUGAGUUGGAGGACACUGUGACCGAUGGGCUGAUUGGGGUGUGGAGGAGAGUGGUUGACCGAAUCUUCAGCCUGUACCGGGUCUCCUGCAGAGCGUACUUCACCUUCCUUAAACUCAACGCUGGGCAGGUGCCCAUAGAUGAAGACGACCUCAAGCUGCUCCUGAACAACCAGAGCAGCAAACAGAGCAGCGAUGAUGUCAUUGUCAUGGCAACCCUCCGUCUGCUGCGCUUGCUUGUGAAGCAUGCUGGGGAAUUAAGAGAGGGUCUGGAACACGGCCUGGCAUCCACCCCCACUGCACCCUGGAGAGGUAUCAUCCCUCAGUUAUUCUCCAGACUAAAUCACCCUGAGGCUUACAUCCGCCAGAGCAUCUGCAGCCUGCUGUGCAGAGUGGCCCAAGAUUCACCCCACCUUAUCCUCUACCCUGCCAUUGUUGGCUCUAUCUCUCUUGGUGGAGAGGCUCAGGCUGCAGGUAAUAAGCUGCCGUCGUCCCUGCCAACCCUUCUUGGGAACAUGCAGGGAGAGGCUCUUUGUGGAUGUGAGAGUGAGACGGGCAGCGGGCCGACUUCUCAAGAGAGCAGCCGCGGGGAAGAGAUGAUGUAUUCUAGUGAAGACCAAGCCAUGAUGCAGGACUGCUACAGCAAGAUUGUAGACAAGCUCUCUUCUGCCAACCCCACCAUGGUGCUACAGGUGCAAUUGUUGGUGGGCGAGCUGAGGAGGGUCACUCUGCUCUGGGACGAGCUCUGGCUGGGGGUCUUGCAGCAGCAACACAUGCACGUUCUGCGCAGGAUUCAACAGCUGGAGGACGAGGUCAAAAGGGUUCAGAACAACAACACUCUGCGCAAGGAUGAGAAGGUGGCUAUUAUGAGAGAGAAGCACUCUGCUCUGAUGAAGCCUGUGGUAUUUGCACUGGAUCACGUACGCAGCAUCACGGCUGCUCCGGCGGAGACUCCUCACGAGGCGUGGUUUCAGGAGACGUAUGGAGAGGCCAUCCACAAUGCUCUAGAGAGACUGAGGAGCCCUCUUAAUCCAGCCAAUCCUGCCAGCAGCUGGGUGCCCUUCAAACAGAUCAUGCUGAGCUUGCAGCAAAGGGCACAAAAACGGGCUAGUUACCUCCUGCAGCUAGAUGAGAUCAGCCCCCGUCUGACUGCCAUGACCAACACAGAGAUGGCGCUGCCAGGGGAGGUGUCUGCUACAGAUGCAGUCACCAUCCAGAGCGUAGGCAAUACCAUCACCAUCCUGCCGACUAAAACCAAACCCAAGAAGCUCUACUUUCUAGGCUCUGAUGGCAGAAAUUAUCCUUACCUAUUCAAAGGAUUGGAGGACUUGCAUUUGGAUGAGAGGAUCAUGCAGUUCUUGUCAAUCGUCAACACCAUGUUCACUAAAGUGAAUCAACAGGAGAGUCCAAGGUUUCACGCCCGUCAUUAUUCUGUCACACCGCUGGGCACCAGAUCAGGCCUCAUCCAGUGGGUGGAUGGAGCCACUCCACUAUUUGGUCUGUACAAACGCUGGCAGCAGCGUGAGGCUGUGGUCCAAGCCCAGAAGGCACAGGACUCCUUCCAGCAACCUCAGAAUCUUCCCAUGGUUCCACGGCCCAGUGAGCUCUAUUACAGUAAGAUCAGUCCUGCCUUAAAGGCUGUCGGCCUCAGUUUGGAUGUGUCACGCCGUGACUGGCCGUUGAAUGUCAUGAGAGACGUUCUCCGAGAGCUGAUGGAGGCUACACCCCCUAAUCUCUUGGCAAAGGAGCUCUGGUGCUCCUGUACCACCCCCAGUGAGUGGUGGAGCGUGACUCAGUCUUAUGCCAGAUCCACUGCUGUAAUGUCAAUGGUGGGAUACAUCAUUGGAUUAGGAGAUCGUCAUCUUGACAAUGUGCUGAUUGAUAUGACGACUGGUGAGGUGGUACACAUUGACUACAACGUCUGUUUUGAGAAGGGAAAAAGCUUGAGAGUACCAGAGAAGGUUCCUUUCCGUAUGACACACAAUAUUGAGACCGCUUUGGGGGUCACAGGGGUGGAGGGCAUCUUUAGAUUGUCCUGUGAACAGGUCAUCCAGAUAAUGCGCCGUGGUAGAGAGACCCUCUUGACUCUUUUGGAGGCGUUUGUCUAUGACCCUCUGGUGGACUGGACAGCAGGUGGCGAGGUGGGCUUUGCAGGGGCUGUGUAUGGAGGUGGUGGUCAGCAAGCAGAGAACAAGCAGAGCAAGAGAGAGAUGGAGCGAGACAUCACAUGUAGCCUCUUCUCCUCCCGUGUGGCUGAGAUUAAGGUGAACUGGUUCAAGAACCGUGAUGAGAUGAUUGGAGUGCUGCCGCAGGUGGAGGAGGCAGUGGAUGAGUACCUAAACCUGCAGGAGCAGCUCACACAAGUGGAGAAAGUGCAGGGCAAGCUGCUGGAGGAGAUGGAGUUCCUGGAGGGAGCGGACACCAGAGCAGAUCAUCCCAUCCACUCCCUGGAGCACAGAUUUUCCGAGCACACUCAGUUGCAGUCCAGGCAGAGAACUGUACAGGAUGCUAUUCAGGGGAAGUUGUCAGAUCUGGAUCAGUGCAUCUCUCAGUAUCAUGCUGCCUUUGCCAGUCUAGAGGCCACUCAGCUUGCCAGUCUCCUCCAGGAGAUCAGUAGCCCUAUUGAUUUAGGUCCACCUAGCUAUGUGCCAGCAACAUCUUUCUUGCAGAAUGCAGGCCAGGCACAUCUAAUUAGCCAGUGUGAGGCACUGGAGGCAGAGGUGAGCGCUUUGUUACAGCAGAGGCGCUCUCAGCUGCGUGGCUGUCUCGAGCACCUGCACAGCUAUGCCACCGUGGCCUUGCUGUACCCCCGUGCGGUGCUGCUCAGGCACAGAGUUCACACGUGGAAACAGUGGAUGGAGGAGCUGGUGUGUGACAUGACCGUCGAUCACUGCCAGACCGUCUAUCACCAGUAUGAAAUGCAGUUUGCACCCCAGCCCCCUCCUGCCACAUGUCAGUUCCUGUCUAGCAUCGAGAUGGCGCUGCAGCACCAUGCAGCAGAAACCAACACUCGGCUGCUGCGGCAGGUAGAGCGUCUGAAGGCAGAGGGCGCUGGUGUGCCCGUUUGUGAGGAGCAGCUGCAGGAGAUCGAGCGCUGCAUCAAAGUCUUCCUGCUCGAGGACACCGAGCUCGGGUCCUUCAGCCUGGCCGGCAUCAUCGUCUCUGCCCUCUGUGCCCUCACCAGGCGUAACCUGGUGAUGGAGGGAGCUGCAGCCAGUGCCGGAGAGCAGCUGGUGGAGCUGACGUCCCGUGAUGGUGCCUGGUUCCUGGAAGAGCUCUGCAGUAUGAGUGGAAACAUCACGUGCCUUGUGCAGCUAUUGCAGCAGUGCCAGCUUCUGUCACAUGACCUGGACAUCCUCAGCCUUGCAGAGACUUCGCAAGUUGUCUACCUGGCCAAUGGCGUCUACACCUGCCUUCAGGAGCUCAACACAAACUUCCGUCAGAUCAUCUUCCCAGAGGCUCUGCGCUGCAUGCUGAAGGGAGAAAAUACAUUAGAGGCCAUGCUAGCGGAGCUGGACGCACUUAUCGAUCAGUGCGCAGAUGGGGUUUCGCUGCAGGGACUGGGGGAGGUUCUGCAGGCUCACCUUCGUAACACUGCCAUGGGCCUGGAGGAGGAUCCAGAUGACCACUAUCUGGAUAUCACCAGGGUUCUGCGAGCCCAGUACUCAGAACUGAUCCAGCCGCGCAGCAUGGAGAGCUCCGUGCAGGAAACACCCAAGAUGAGUGCCGGUCAGAUGUUGUUGGUAGCUUUUGAUGGCAUGUUUGCACAGUUGGAGACUGCUUUUGGACUUCUGAUUGACAAGCUGAACUCUAUGGAUGUGCCUGCUGCCUGGAGAAAGGUGGAUGUGAUCCGGGAGUCCAGAGCUACACAGGUCCAUUUCUUUGAUAAUGUGCAGACCAGGCAGGUCUUGGAGGAAAUUUUCUUCCUGAAGAGACUCCAGACCAUCCGAGACUUCUUCCGUCUGUGCGGAUCAUUUGCACAGACGCUAUCUGGAACAUGUCCUACACCCACUGAUGAGCCUCCACCCUCAAAUGGCCCAGUACCCAUAGUGAAACCCAUGUACCGAGGCUCCACUGUAGUGACCGAAGACCAGAUGAUGCGGCCCAUCAAAGCCUUCACGGCAGAUUUUGUGAGGCAGAUGCUAAUGGGGCUCCCCACCCAGGCUCUGGGCCUGGCCAUCUGCAGCGCUCUCAGUGCCCUCGGCAUGGAUCUCAUUGCCCAGGUGGAGGCCAAGGACUUUGGCGCUGAGGGGAAGGUUUCUCUGGAUGACCUGUGCAAGAAAGCAGUAGAGCAAGGGGUGCAGGCAGGACGGAUAUCCCAGCUGCUGCUCAACAGGGCUACAGUGCUUGCCAGCUCCUACGACACGGCUUGGAAAAAACUGGACCUGGUACGACGUCUGGAAGUCAGCAUUGAAGCCUGUAAGGUCAGCCUGCAGAGGACUCAGCUUCACAUCGCCAUGUUCCAGUGGCAGCAUGAGGACAUUCUCGGUGCGAGGACGCAGCCCAUGACGGUCAGUCCCCCGCCUCGCUCCAUCAUCCUGAGCAACAUGAAGAAGAAGCUCUACAAACUCAGUCAGGACGAAGCUUCUAUUGGCAGCGUCCAGGAGAAGUUGGCAAGUCUAGAGGGCAGCAUAGAGCAAAGGCUGAAGUGGGCCGGUGGCGCAAACCCUGCACUCGCCCCAGUGCUGCAGGACUUUGAGGCCACUAUAGCAGAACGCCGUGCCUUGGUGAUGAAGGAGAGUCAGCGUGCCAACCAGGUUACUUUUCUCUGCAGCACCAUUCUCAACUUCGAAGGUCUGCGUACCCGCACUCCAGAAGCCUUGAACAUGGAUGCUACACUUUUUGAACUUGUGAAACGAUGCCAGGCCACCUGCUCCUACGCUGCCCAGUUUAGCACCUCCGUUUCCUCUCUGGAACUUCAGCUGCUGCAUAGACUGAGUGCUGCCAUGGAUCUGUCCAUUGGUGGGCCUGAGUGGCUUGUGUACGCACAGAAUCACCUCACCCAGGAGAUGUCCAAUCAGAGAGCCAUGCAGGAGGAAAGAGAGCAGCAGCUGGAGAGAGUGACCGAAACCCUGCAGCUGCUGGUAGACUCCAUUAAAGGCAUCCUGUCCAAUCACAACCGCCAACUUGCUGAUGUUAAGCACCUCCUGCGUGCCAUGGCAAAGGAUGAGGAAAAUGCCCUUGCGGAGGGAGAAGAAGUGACUUAUGAGGGUAGUGUGCGUCAGUUCCUGUCAGAAUACAAAGCAUGGCAGGAUAAUGUGCAGAUAGUGCUUUUCACAGUAGUGCAAGCUACAGGUCAACCACGCAGCCAAGAACAGGUUGAGCUGCUGCAGGAGAUCCCUGCCACCCUGAAGGAGCUAAAGCUUCAGAGCCAGAGCAUCUACAAUGGCUUGGUGAGCUUCGCCUCUCCUCUUGUCACUGAGAGAGGAAGUGACUGUGCAAGUCCCACUUCCACAGUCCAGACCAGCUUUGCUGCUGCAGUGCGCUGCAGUGGAGUGAAGACCCAACCUGACAGCAUGUCUCAGAAUGCCCGCAAAGCUCUUCCUCGAAACUUUGGGACGCCGGUGGACACUCCCCCCAGCACUCUGAUGAUCAACAGUAAAGGACUGGCCCCAAGCCCCAAAAGAGCCGUGCGGGAUCCCAAAACUGGAAGAGCUGUGCAAGAGAGGAAUUCCUACGCUGUUAGUGUGUGGAAGAGGGUGAAGGCCAAACUGGAAGGGAGAGAUGUGGACCCUAACAGGAGAAUGAGUGUCACUGAGCAGGUGGAUUAUGUCAUCAAAGAGGCGACAAACUUGGACAACCUGGCACAGUUGUACGAGGGAUGGACAGCAUGGGUGUGAACGGGAUCCUUGUAGAUCACUUUGGUCCAGCGAGGGUAGAAAUCCACCAAAAUCCACUGGGUCUGGGGCAAUGGAGCCACAGAGCACCAUGCAGGAAAGGGGAGGGGGGGUGUAGAGACCCUCCCUCGGACCCACACCGGAUCCCCGUAGCACAGCUACACCCGGCAAUCCAGCUAAUACAACGAAAUGGGUCUGCAUCUGUCUCCCCGAGAUGUGUGGGGAGCUUACCAAGAUGGGGAGGCGGGGUGGGGGGGGGGGCAAGGCACACGCGGCUUGAACUACCCCCCCAACCAACCCCUGUAUCAACAACAACAACAAAAUAAAUGUCUGUCAACUAUCAAAACAAAUAGGAUUUGCCACAGGGAAAAUUUGCAGGAGACAGUUUAUCCACUCUUUGAGCGACAGUCUGCGAUAAUUAGCGAGUUUCUAGACUACAUUUGUGCGAGAGUGGAGGGAAAGGGUGAUCCGGUCUUAGAGGGAUCCUCUGUUUUUGGAUGGCUUGGGGUCGGGCACGACUUGCGGCUGGAUUGUCUCCUGCUGGAGUGGGUGUGGAGGGCUGUGUGACCAGAAGGCUCAAAGGACUCCAUUGGAAGCCAGAAGGCCUUUGGCAGACCUUAGAGUUCAUUCUUAACCACAAAAAAGACCUUUUCCCCUCAAGUAUAUAUAGGAAACGCUGCAAAAAAGACUUUUUACACCUUCACCAAUGUACUGCACAGAUUUCACAAUUAAAAGGCAAAUUGCAAAGUGGCUUUGGGAACAUUCACCGUCACGUGUUUCUGAAUGUUUGGCACAAUGAAUUGAUGUGCUUGGAGUUGGCAAGUGCUCAGUCUGAGGUCUCUUUGGUUUGAUCCUCGAGUAUGACCCAGGCUCAAUAUGGUGAGAUGUGCAAAUCAGUUUCUAAAUGCUUUUUUUCUUAGUAUGCAUCUCUGAUCUUGUUUGUGUAUUGUAGAUUCUUUCUCCCUUUCCUUCUUUGCUAUGGAUUUAGACUAGAUUGCUCCUUUUUUUUUGACUUGCCUGUGGAAGUGUAUCACCGCUGAUACAUGUCCUCAUUAAAGCUUGUGUUUUACUGAUCUUGACCUAGUUUUACAUUUUUAGUGGGAGAAAUAAGUAAUGGAAUAGUGAUGUGGUGAUGGUUACAAUUGUUGUCUCCUAAUGGUUUUACUCCACUUUGUUGGUCAAAUAAAACUAUAAUUAAACCU